AUGCAUAACGUAGAAAUAGAAGAUUUUUAUCACCACGACUUCACCACAGCUUCCGAGUGGGAAGUAUUUAUCGCCCGUCUGGAAGAAAUAAUUCACGAGUGGAAACUUCCUCAUUCAAAACUCGAACCAGCCUUGAAAUCUGGAGACUUUGUCAAUUUAACUUGGGAAGUCAAGUCCGAAGAAUUGAAUUUCGCAAACUACCCCUUUUUGUUCAAGCACUUUAAGCUCAAAACAAGUGAUUCUACUGACAAGAUCGACUCCGAGACUUCUGACGAGGAUUCUAGCACUCAAAGUCACAUUGAUGUUCUCAAUAUCACCAAUGACUUUGCACGUGUCGAUCAAGAUUAUCUGGAGAUAGCCCGAUAUUAUGGAAUCCGUGAGUUUGUGCUUUUGACUCCAGCGAAAAAAAUUUCUAUCUCUGAUGAAACGAGGAUUAAAAUCCUUGUCAGUUCGUUGACAAUCGCAUCCACCAAUUCUAACAGUGAAGUUCCAGCUUUAGUUCAAGUACAAGAACCAUGGCAAAAAUAUUAUUUGGGUGUCAUUGUUGGCAAGGGAACAAUUACUCACCUGGAUAUGGUUCAUUUAAAAAAAACUCCACCACAUUGUCGUCAUCUUACUGGAUUGCUGGCGUUAUUUAAGCAAAAAAUAGGUGAAGGUUCUGGAGUGAGACUAGAUCCAGUAAUGGUAUCUAUUCGGUUUGCAUACGUGCUCAAAGACUGGUUAACGGAGCCGCAUUUUGAUUUCAUGAAAGGAAAACCAGUGACUAAUAACGAGCUUGGUAAGCUUCCUUUUGGAGCUGAAGUAGAUCCAGUCUCAGAACUUCAAGUUUACGCUACAUGGCCUCAAAUGUCUGAGAAUAUCGUGGUAGACAGUGAAAGUUUCACGGAUUUGGAGCCUCAAUUGGCCACAGAAUGGUCGGCGAGAGUGAAAAUGGUCGCCACACCGCCUAGCUUGCUUGAAGAGCACCUAAAAGGUUUUUUGAACCUCUGCAAUAACCAGAAAUUGCUGGUAGACAUACUGGGAGACGCGUAUGUCGACAACGACCAAAUGUUGAGCUCGGCUUUCAAUAUUGUCACAGAGUCGAAAAUUCCUACGAUAUCCAAAGUCAUGAGUCGCGCGUCUUCUAAAAAGAGUAACAAAAAUGAUGGACCCAUUCCUGAUGACACUUUGAUGCUGAUUCUGCAAAAUCUCGGAGGUAUUCAGGCCGUAGCUCAAAUUUGGCACGAGUUUGUUCAAGAAAUGCGGUAUCGAUGGGACGAGAGUAUUCUCAUUCCUGGAGCAAAUGCUCCCGGUCAUGUUACAGUCUUUGGACAACACAUUAAUCUAAAUCCAUUAAUUUUUACUCAACAUAUUACUGAUUAA